AUGUCUUCUUCCGAACUGAUCGUCCCGUCUACACCCAGAGGUGCCAGUUCUGAAUCAUCACCACUACCAGGCUCAUCAUCAGCCUCUCAAACACCCGAAAUUGUUGCUCUCCGAAUCACCUAUGAACUUCCAGAAUCGUAUCUCUCCGAACUUGAAACCAAUCAAUCUUUGUACGUGAGAGCCACUUAUUGCCAUCCUUCAGAUACAUCAGUCCAACAAAUUAAAAAGACAUUUAUUUCAUAUUUAUUAGCUAAACGAUAUCUUCCAUCAUCAUUGAAUCAUGAACCAAUAGAUACAUUGGUCGAUCAAUAUCGAUUGGCUGUCGGAAAGGAAUUACUUGUUGAUAAAAAAACAUUGCAGGAAAAUCGAGUGAUGGAAAAUGGAAAACCUUUGAGUGUGGUUUUGUGUCGAGUGAUGGCACCAAGUCAUGAUGGUCAAGAUCAAUUUAAUGAUGAGGAAGUUAUUAAUGUGUCUGAUUAUGUGGAACGUGAAACUGUCAAGAUCAAAAAGAAAUAUGUGGAUGUCAAGUUGAGAAUUCAAGAAAAAGUUGGUGAUCAAGUGUUGACUUGUGACAUUUCAUGUAAGAACAAUAAGAAGUUUGGUGUGAUUAGCAAAAUGUAUUGUCAACAUAGAAAUUAUAAUCCUGAUGAUUUUGUGUUUGCCACAAGUGUGAAUCAUGUCUUGUUAAAGAAUGAGAAAUCAUUGUCAAGCAUGGGUAUGAAUGAGUCAGGAACGCUCUAUGUCAUUAAUGUGUAUCAUAAGGAUUUGGUAUCUUUCAAAUAG